AUGAGGCAAUAAAAAAUUUACUAUGCUUCCUUAGCUGAUGAAGCUUAGAGAUAUGGAGAUAUGAUAGAAUAUAUGGGAUGGAUUGUAUAGAAAAGUGUUAAAAAGCAAAAAGACCUCUCUAAUGAUGAGAAAAACUUGUUUAACAUCGGAUAUAAGAAUUUAAUCACAUAAAAAAGAAGAUAACAUAGAAUAAUAUUGGAGAAGAUAUAUCAAUUUUAGGAGGAGGAAAAGGAUGAUGAGUCUGAAGAAAAUUAAAUGAAAAUGGGACUGAUGAAUAUUACAAAGGACAAAAUAGAGAGUGAAAUUUGUGAAAUUUGCGAUAAAAUUCUAGAAACAGUAGAUUUAUUGCAAGAGUUUAGUAAAACUUCAGAGUCUAGAGUGUUUUACUCAAAGUUAAGGGCUGAUUUCUAGAGGUACUUGGCUGAUGCUUCCUAUACUGACCAUUAUCAAUCUAAAGUUCAAAAAGCAAAGGAGAAUUAUGAAACAGCAAUCAGAGAUGCUGAAGGGCUUUUCACCACACAUCCGCUUAGAUUGGCAACUGCGCUCAACUAUUCAGUCUUUAUGUUUGAUAAUCUUAAGUAGCCAGCAAAAGCUGUAGAACUGGCAAAAAGUGCAUUUGAUAUGGCAUUAUUUGACCUGGAAACAGUAGAGGAGGAGAUGAUUCAAGAAACUUUGAGAGUUAUGCAACUACUGCGAGAUAAUGUUACUCUCUGGGAAGCUGAUUUAAAAUAUGAUGAGAUGUAGGUUUAGAAUUAAAUUGACGAGGAAGAUCGAGUUGAGCUAAGAAAAAUAAUUGAGAGGAAACACUUAGAUGAGGAACAAAGAAAGAAAAAUUUGCUUCAUUUGCACAAUAAUAAUGUAUACUAGGAGGACCUAAUUAAAAAGGACACAGAUAAUAUUUUCCUUUGA